AUGUACAAACAAGCCUUACUGUGUUUGCUUCCGGCGCUUGUCGCUGCUGGUCCGGGUAUCAACCCAAAUCCAAACCCCAACUUCAAUCCAUCGACUAGCAAUGGCACAUUUGGUCCUUUUGUUAUACCUCAAAAACCUGCUGCGAACGCCACUGGUGGACCCGCCAUAGGAUCUAUUGAUGCCCGUGUCAUCCAGGCGAUGCAACUGGCUAUCAGCAACUGGCAGACAGACACUGGCAUCGUUUCUCUUUUCCUUAACAAUGGACCGACCACUAUGGAUGAAGCUCAAUUCAAGGGUAUCGCUGACGGUGCUUUCAAGGCCGAGGUGGAUGAGCUUACGCAGAAGGCUGUCCUUGACCAGGUCAUUGGAAACGACCCGCGAGUGUCUCUUGCCAACUUGACGUUGACGAAUGGCGUUUUCCAAUCUGUUGUCGAUAACUUGCAGAUUAUGAGUAUCCAAGGCCGAUCUAGAAUGAAUCUGAUUAGCGUGAUCAACAAUGUGCGCUGCACGCAGAUCCUUCCCAGCAUUGAUACAUACAUGAUCGUUGCUGCAGAAUAUAUAGGCAACAAUGCUCAGCAACGUCGGGCUGUCAGGCCAAAUGCUUGUGCACAGAUUUUGGCGGGAGCGAGUCCUAGUGCUUUCGCCGCGCUGCCGGGAACACCAGCGGGCACACCACCCGGCAUUGGCGAUGGCAACAUUCCGGGUGUCCCGGGUGCAUGCGGUCAGGGUAAUGUGCUGGGCAUGGUAGCCAAUACCACGACAAGCGCAGCAUCGAACGUCACGGUAACAGGUCCCACAUUGUCGGCCAACACGACGACGCCCGAGCUGGGUCUACCUGGAUUUCCCAGUUCCAGUCGGGCGUGCUCCGCGUCGGUGACUUCGGCCAGUGCUGCUGCCGCUUCCAGCAAUUCUGGAAAGGCCACAACUAGCAAGUCUGGUCAGAAAGGCUACGGUGGUGACUAUUUGAGCGGCAGGUAUGGAAAUUAUCUUCGCGUCUAG